AUGUCGGAUUGGGAGGAAGACGAUGCUGAGCGCAAACCCGUUACCGAGUCAAGUCGGCGAGAGAGGAAGUUAACGUGUGAUGACCGGCCAAAGAAAAAUAUCACUUUUGGAGUCCGAAAAUCGGGCGGGGUCAAAGCUCCGCGACGUGGAGGCGCCGACCGCUUCAACCGGGGGUUCGAGUCCAAAAACCGGGGCACCGACCGCCCGCCUCCCCGCGGCGCUGAGGGCUCCUCACCGCUCACCUUCACAGUGGAAAAUUCAUCAGUUGGAAGGAUAAUAGGUCGGGGAGGAGCCAAAAUUCGUGAACUGGAAGAGGGCACUGGCACAAGAAUCAAGAUACGCAGUGUGGCUUGUGAGAGUGAGGUGGCCAUCUUUGGGUCCUCUGAUGCCAAACAGAAGGUUAAGGAGAUGAUUGAGGACCUUCUUCCGUAUGGAAACUCUCAAUUCCAUGGUGGCUCUGGCUCAUGUCGUGAUGUCUGUGAAGAAGGGCCCGAUGGAGGAGAGAACACAGACUCAGUCUGGUCUGCUGCAGCAUUACGGGCAGCAAAGGUGGUCCCACCUCGUCCAGCUAUAGACUGGGCCACCAUCAGAGAGAACAAAGGGAAGUAUGAGGAGCUGAAGUGGAAGGAUGUCCCACCCAUUAAGAAGAAGUUCUACACUGAAGCAGAGAGCGUGUCCAUGCUAACAGCAGAGGAAGUCGCAGAGUGGAGAAAGGAGAACAACAAUAUCUUUGUGGAUGAUCUGAAGGAAGGCGACGAGAAGAGGCCUGUUCCCAGUCCUUGCCGAACCUUCCUGGAGGCUUUUGAACACUAUCCAGAGAUCAUGGAAAAUAUUAGGCAGAUUGGGUUUGUAAAACCAACCCCCAUCCAGUCUCAGGCUUGGCCAGUGUUGGUGAGUGGGGAGGACCUCAUAGCCAUUGCACAGACGGGAACAGGGAAAACCCUGGCCUACCUGUUGCCUGGGUUCAUCCACAUGGAUGGACAGCCAGUACCUAGAGCAGAGCGGGGUGGUCCGGGUAUGUUGGUGCUGACACCCACCAGAGAGCUGGCCCUGCAGAUUGAAGCAGAGUGCAACAAGUACCGCUACAAAGGCUAUAAAAGUAUCUGUAUCUAUGGUGGUGGUGACAGGAGGGGCCAGGUCACAACAGUGAAGGGUGGCGUGGACAUUGUCAUCGCCACACCAGGCCGACUAAACGAUCUUCAGAUGAACGAACUGAUCAAUCUUCGUUCCAUUACUUACUUGGUGCUGGACGAGGCUGACCGUAUGCUGGACAUGGGCUUUGAACCACAGAUAAUGAAGAUUCUGCUGGACAUCCGCCCUGACAGACAGACUGUCAUGACCAGUGCCACCUGGCCUACAGGUGUAAGACGACUGGCCAAGUCCUAUCUGAAGAACCCCAUGAUGGUUUAUGUAGGAACCCUGGAUUUAGCGGCAGUUAACAGCGUUGAACAAAAAGUGUUAAUUGUCCUUGAAGACGAGAAAAAAUCAUAUGUGUUCGACUUCAUCAGAAACAUGCUGCCACAUGAUAAAGUCCUCAUCUUUGUUGGCAAGAAGAUAAAGGCUGAUGACCUGUCCAGUGACCUGUGUCUUCACGGUCUGGCAGUUCAGAGUCUCCACGGUGACCGUGAGCAGUGUGACCGAGAAGAAGCGCUCAAGGACUUCAAGGAGAGUCGGGUUCGUAUUCUGGUAGCUACAGACUUGGCGUCUCGAGGGCUAGAUGUCCAUGACAUCACACACGUGUUCAACUACGAUUUUCCACGAAACAUAGAGGAGUAUGUCCAUCGUGUGGGUCGCACUGGACGAGCAGGACGUUCUGGAGUUGCAGUUACCCUGGUAACAAGACAAGACUGGAAGAUGGCCCCUGAACUGAUUCCCAUCCUGGAGAGAGCUGGACAGGAUGUCCCUGAGGAGCUCAUCCUCAUGGCAGAGAGAUACGAAAAGAACAAGCAGGAGAAGGAGAUGAGCGGCCCAAGAGGAGGAAGGGGGCGUGGUGGAGGAGGUGGUCGGAAAGAUGGGUGGAGAGGCGGUAGAGAUAGAGACCAAAACUGGGGCUUCUAGAGUGGUUUCAUUGUAAGUCUUCAGAUGUAAAGAUUUAGAUAAUGUCGGACAAAUCAGUGGUUCCCAACCUCGUCCUCAAAGAAGCAAAACUCUGCACAUGUUCAACUGUUUCCCGGUCCACCUGUGCCAGAUUAGCAAAGUCUGGUAUCUUCAAGUUCUUUAUUACUACUAUUACUAUACUUAAACAUUCACAACAUAAAACACUUCAAGGAAAGUAGAGGUUUACAAACGUACAAUUACCAAUACAGGAAUAAGCUGUUUAUUCAGAUUUGAAACCUUUUUUUACUUUUUGUUUUCAUAAACAAGAUAGAGCAGGAGCACAAUCCUUCUGAAUCGUCUCUUUACCAAGUAGACUUUUAUUUUACUGUGCAAUCCCUGCAGUUUAACUUUCCCCCUAUUAUUUGAGUGAGGUUUAUUUUUGAGCAUAUUAAUUUGAUUACCCAUUAUAAAGACCGCUAGCUAGAUUUGUUAGAAAACCUGUUUCAGACCAAUUGUACAGUGUCUAAUAUCAGAAGUCUGCAUAAAGCUUUGUGUAUAUAAUAAAUCCUUUUAAAUGACUUUGGGCUAUUGCUUUGGUUUGUUAGCAUAUUGAAAUAUGAUGGAUUUUAACACACU